GAGCAUCCUGGUGCUCAGGUCCUGCUUGCCAGUUUCCCCACAGGCAUCCGGAUGGCCACUGUGAGAAGAACAGGAUGCCAGGCUAGAUGAGCCACUGACAGGAUCUUCUUAUGUUCUGACGUUCCUGAUUUCCCCUCGGGAGUUAAUUCCAUACCUCUGGAGUUUGGGGGCCUAUGAACAUUCCUUUGGGGUUUAUUGACAUGUGAGUUUUGCUUCUUUGAACCUCUUUCAAGCAAAUAAAAAUCUGGGCAAGUAGAAUGCUUUUUGUUGUUGUUAAAUUUGUAACAGCCUCCUCAGUCUGCAAAAGCUGCCAGCUUUUUUCAUUGCUUUUGCUUUUCCCAGAUCUGUCACAAGACUUUUGUUAUUAGCCAAUCUUUGCAAACAGCAAUUCUGCUCCUCCCCUACAAUCCACACCCGGGGACGCACUUCUGUAGAGAAGCAAACAUGACUUUGUCUUGCAAACGUUUCCUCUUCAGAAUGUUUCCGUACUUUCUUCUGGGUAAGUCCCACACCAUUUGUUCUGAAUAGCAGUAAGAUCUGCGCCAGCAGCUGGUUUGUUCAGGAGGUUGGGGAAGAGACUGACUAUAUCUUUGUCCUUCCUGACAUUUGCCUCUUUCAGCUGCCAGACUCCUCUCUCUGGAGAAGGCUAUGGGAAGGCAGUUGUAAGCCAUCUUUCUCUCCCCUCUGAACUGCAUUUAAGCCAGGCUGCCUGGAGUGUAGGGAGACCCGUGUCAGAAACUUUAUUGUGAUAAAGCCUCAGUGUGUUUUUUGGGGGAGGGUAAUGUUGAAUUUAUUUUGUGUUUGCCAAAUUGUUUAUUUCUGUCUUUUAAAAAAAUUACUAUCAUAUUCUGUAUUUCUUACAUUUGUAUUUUCAAUGCUCUGUAUUUUGAUGUUUUGAACGUUUGCUGUGAGCCACUUUGGGCACAGCUCGUUGCGGAAUAGUAGCAUAUAAGUAAACUCAGUCAGUUCUAAGCAAGAGCGAAGUUAUUGAGACAGCUCAUAAAGGUUUCUCUUUCACCACUGAUUCUUGCUGGAGGGAAAGCGUGGACAGACAGCACAGACAGAGGAGGAUCUGAUCUGCUGGGAAGCGAGAGGAAGGAAGGAGAAGACCAUUGUGUUUGAAAGUUCAUGACGCUUGCAAAUGACACCCUGGGCUCGGGCUACACUUAUUAAAUGGAUGAACAGGAUUAUUUUAGAGCAUCUAUCCUGUGCAGAAGAAUGAAGUUGUCCUUCUCACAGUGGUGAAACAGAUGCCAGAAAGGAAGCCAUCAGGAAGGACCUGAGUGCAACAUCAGCAAGCUUCCCAUAGUGGAUUCCCAGAAACGGCCAGUUUGGGUCUUCACUGCCAAUUAUGGCUCUCUGCAAUCCACAAUCCAGGACUGUGGAUUUUUCUCACAGAAGACCUUUUCUUCAGAGUAUUGAUGUAUUCAUCUUGAGUAAGGACUUCGCUGCUUUCUCCCUCAAAAAACAAAAGAAGGAGGAGGAGGAGGAGGAGGAGGAGGAGGAGGAGGAGAAACAACUCACCUAAAUGCAUGGAGGGCGCACUCUGAAUUUGAUUUGGCAUGAAAAGGUAAAUUAUUGGCAAUAUUGUUUGCUUGCACUGAGGGCCUCCUUUCCCCAGGUUGAACCCUCCCAGAACACCCUUGGUGGCUUCAAAGGAAUAACCAAGAGAAGGCUUAAUUCUUCUUGUCAUACAGUGGUGCCUCGCAAGACGAAAUUAAUUCGUUCCGCGAGUUUUUUCGUCUAGCGAAUUUUUCGUCUUGCGAAGCACGGUUUCCCAUAGGAAUUCAUUGAAAUUCAAUUAAUGCGUUCCUAUGGUCAAAAAAAGUCCAAUCAAAGCCAAAUUUGGUACAACAAUAGUUUAUUAAGUGCUCUUUAAAGUCACACAUACUUUAAAGAGCAUAUCAAAAAUUGAAGGAACAAUAAAUUAAGUUUCUAAACAUGACAGAAAAACAUUUAAAAAUCAACGAAGUGUACUGUACAUACAUUUUCUAAGACUCUGGGGGACCACUCGAAGAAGGUUCCUCUUCCACUCUUUGCUUCUUGCUGAGGAACCUCUCCAUGGUCUGCUGCUUCAUCCACCUUUUCAGCAGCUCCCUGAGAGGCAACAUGACCGUCGUAUCAAAAGUGUUCGUUUGGUCAUGUGCCACGUGCUUGUUAGGGUGGUGCCGCUCUGCAAAAGCCUGCACCUCCUUCCACUUCUGGCAAAUGUCCCUCAGUUCUUUGGAGGACGGCCGUUCCUCAGUUGCUUCCUCCUCUUCCAGCGAGGCCUGCUCCUGCGCAACCUCUGACUGCAGUUCAACCAGCUCCUGGGUGGUCAGCUCGUGGUCGUGCUCCUCCACCAGCUCGCAGAUGUCCUCCUCUGUGACCUCCAGGCCCAUGGUCCUCCCCAAGGCAACAGUGUCCUGCACCACUGUUGACUCUGGUGCAUCAGAGUCACUUGGUGCCACACAGUCCGGCCACAGGCUGCGCCAAGUGCAAUUCAAAUUUCUCUGGCUGAUCCCGUUCCAGGCCGUGGUGAUCAUCUUCAAGCAGGUGACGAUGUCGAAGUGGUCCUUCCAGAAUUCCCGCAGGGUGAUGGUGGUGCAAUCAGUCACCUCAAAGCAUCGCCUGAAAAGCUCCUUGGUGUAGAGUUUUUUGAAAUUGGCAAUGACCUGCUGAUCCAUCGGCUGGAGCAGUGGCGUGGUGUUAGGCGGCAGGAACAUGAUGUUGAUGAAGCUGAACUCCUCCAACAAGUCCACCUCAAGGCCUUUAGGAGGAGCAGGAGCAUUGUCCAUCAGAAGCAAAGCCUUCAGCGGCAGGUCGUUGUCCAGCAGGUACUGUUUGACAGCAGGGCCAAAAGCAAGAUUGACCCAGUCCACAAACAGCACACGUGUGACCCAAGCCUUGCUGUUGGAUCGCCACAUGACACUCAGCCGCUCCUUGUCGACCUUGUGUUUCUUGAAGGCCCGUGGGUUCUCCGAGUGGUACACCAGCAGGGGCUUGAUCUUCACGUCGCCGCUUGCGUUGGCACAGAAGAGCAGGGUCAGGUGGUCCUUCAUGGGCUUGUGGCCAGGCAACUUGGCCUCCUCCUGUGUGAGGAAAAUCCUUUUGGGCAUCCUCUUCCAAAACAGCCCGGUCUUGUCGCAGUUGAAGACCUGCUGUGGAACGUAGCCCUCUGUCUUCACAGCCUCCAGGUACUCCAAGGCAAAGUCUUCAGCCACAGGAACAUCAGAACUGGCAGCCUCUCCAUGCCUGACCAUGCUGUGGAUUCCAGAUCUUGCCUUGAACCGGUCAAACCAGCCUCUGCUUGCCUUGAAGACUUCUGGCUCGCCUGAGGUUCCUGGCUGUUCCCGGAUGAGGUCUGCGUGCAAGGCCUUGGCCUUCUCACAAAUGACGGCCUCAGUCACUGUGUCCCCUGCACGCUGCUUCUCUUCUAACCAGAUGAGCAGCAACUUCUCAACCUCCUCCAGAACAGCUGGGCGGUUCUUCACGAUCCUGGUGACUCCCUUGGCUGCAUCAGUCGCAAGGAUCUUCUCCCUCAUCUUCAGGAUGGUCCCGAUGGUCGAUGGGUUCCUGCCGUACUCCCUGGCGAGGUCCGUCACACGCAUUCCACCGUCGUGCUUCCGGAUGAUCUCCUUCUUCAUUUCCAGCGUCACCUUCUCCUUCUUCCUCUCACCGGCCUCCGCAGCAGCAGCAGUCUUCUUGGGUCCCAUGGCAGCACAGCUCUUACCUUCGUAAACUCAGAAAAAUAAAAAGAAAAUCAGCAAUUCAAACCCACAACCAAGUCAUUGAAUUCCAAACACCCAACCCAAAAUCCAAAAACCCCCAAAAAAGUUUUAAAAGUUUAACUUACGAAAUGGCUGCAAAUCACCAAAGUCUUCAAAAUCCUCAAAUGGCUGCAAAAGAAGUUUUGGGAAAGCUUUAAAAAUCACCAAAGUCUUCAAAAACCUCAACUGUUCCCCCAGCCCCUCCCCAACUGUUGCAAACCCCUCCCCAACUGUUGCAAACCCCUCCCCAACUGUUGCAAACCCCUCUUCAACUGUUCCCCCAUCCACCCAGCACACAGAAAUUCAAACCCAGAAUUUUUUUCCAAAAAAAACAACAUGGCCCAAUGGUCACAGAAAACCAUAAAAAUUCAAAAAAAACCACACAAGCUCCCAGAUUCUUGCAAACCCCUCCCCAGCUGUUCCCCCAGCCACCCAGCACACAGAAAUUCAAAACCCAUAAUUUUUUUUCAAAAAAAAACAACAUGGCCCAAUGGUCACAGAAAACCAUAAAAAUUCAAAAAAACCCCACACAAGCUCCCAUAUUCUUGCAAACACCUCCCCAGCUGUUCCCCCAGCCACCCAGCACACAGAAAUUCAAAACCCAGAAUUUUUUUUUUAAAAAAAAAACCAACAUGGCCCAAUGGUCACAGAAAACCAUAAAAAUUUAAAAAAAAAAACCACACAAGCUUCCAGAUUCUUGCAAACCCCUCCCCAACUGUUGCAAACCCCUCCCCAGCUGUUCCCCCAGCCACCCAGCACACAGAAAUUCAAACCCAGAAUUUUUUUCAAAAAACAACAACAUGGCCCAAUGGUCACAGAAAACCAUAAAAAUUAAAAAAAAACCACACAAGCUCCCAGAUUCUUGCAAAACCCUCCCCAGCUGUUCCCCCAGCCACCCAGCACACAGAAAUUCAAAACCCAGAAAAUUUUUUCAAAAAAAACCAACAUGGCCCAAUGGUCACAGAAAAUCAUAAAAAUGCAGAAAAAACCACACAAGCUCCCAGAUUCUUGCAAACCUCUCCCCAACACCAAGUCCUUGAAUUCUAAUCCAAAAACCCCCCAAAAAGUUUUAAAAGUUUAACUUACAAAACAGCUGCAAAAGAAGUUUUGGAAAAGCUUCAAAAAUUCAGCAAACUCUUUAAAAAGCUCAAAAAGGCCACCACACCGUGUGCAAUGUGUUGCUCCUCGAAGUCAAGUCGCAACUGCACCUCUUCCAGCAAUGCACCCUGGGUAUUAACGGUUUUACGAAAAAGGAAACAAACUUGCAAGACGUUUUCGUCUUGCGAAGCAAGCCCAUAGGGAAAUUCGUCUUGCGAAGCAGCUCGAAAACGAAAAAAACCUUUCGUCUUGCGAGUUUUUCGUCUUGCGAGGCGUUCGUCUUGCGGGGCACCACUGUAUUUGUUACUGAGCUGAAGGGGGAGACACUGCAUCUAUGAUGAAGGUGAUCAUCUCCCCUGAAGGUGUGGAAUGGAAUCUCUAGGGCAGAAAUGUUUCCCUGAAGGAUUUUUUCCUGUCAUGUGUCAGUCAUUCACCAAUAUAAAAGAAAUGUCAGUUGAGAGCAAGCAGUGAAUUAGAGGAGCCAACCAAUGAGCAGGAAAAGGCAACUGGAGAUCUUGGUGGAACAGAGUCUGUUUCUUCUUUGAACUCUGUGUUAACUUAUCUCGAUUUCACAAAAAAUAGUGCAUAAUCAUAUUCUCCUGAAACACACAUGCAGAUUGUUUUUAGCUUGCUGCUUAGCAUAAUUUUUCACUGGGUUAGAUCUUUCUGUGUUGAGUUUUCAACAGAUAUUUUGCACAGCUCUGAUUAUGUAAACUGCUUUAAGGCUUUAUUAAAACCAAGACGUAUAAAUCUUGUGAACUGAAAUAAACGAACUUUUGUUCCUCGUGAGGGGAAAUUCUACUUAUUUUUCAGAAUUUUUCCUUGGGACAAUUACACAAAGCCAGAUAUUCCUAAAAUGUCAGCACUGCAAAGCUUUGAAAAGAUUUAAGUGUUUAAUCAAUUGCUUUUUCAGACUUCACUAAAAAAGGAUAAUGAUACUAAUUUUCACCUUUGUUUGUAUCUCCUCCCCCACCACCCACCCCUCACAAGACACGUUUAGCCGUGCGGUGGAGAACCCAACCCAUCAGGUAAAGGGAAUCCUGGGAGGAUCAGUCUUGUUUCCUGCCAACAUAUCUCAAGGAAUAACAGUGGAGAAAAUGGAAUGGGACUUUUACCCCCAAAGCGGUGGCCUGGGCUUUUGGCUGGGGGAAUUCAGCCACGGUAAACUGGAGCACCCAAGUCCCACUGAUCGGUUUGGACAACGAUUAGACAUGGUGAACGAGACAACACUGAAGGUCAAAGACCUGGAGUUGGAUGACAGUGGGAUCUACAAUGCUCGCAUCUGGUUUAUGAAAUCACGGUUUCAAGAACAGAGUUUCAGCCUCACAGUUUAUGGUAAGUUAUUCCUUUCCCUGUUUGGCUCAUGGAAUAGGAUCAGCACCAUUUACAACAUAGGUACUGGGUGGGACCCAAACUUUAUGUUGCUUUCAACUGUCUUCAACAGAGCCAGUGCCAACACCACAGAUGCUCCAUCAAGAGGUAUCCAAUACUCUAGAGGGAUGUAAUGUGACCCUGCAAUGUCAGACACCUGGAAGGGAAGAACACAAGGUCUCCUGGGAAAGAGGGAAUCCCUCCAGGGCCUUAGAAAGCAGCCUGGAUGAGUUCCAGCUUUCUGAUAGUGGAAGGCAACUCCAUGUCUUCUGGAACACCAUACCUUUUGACUCCACAUUGACUUGCCUGGUCAGCAACCCUGUCAGUGAAAAGAGAGCCUCAUUUGACUUGUCCCACAUCUGCUCAAGUAUUGGAGGUGAGCAAUGUAUCUUUAUCCAGAGUUGCUGUUUGGGGUCUUAUAUUGCUUACACCCUAUGGGGAUUCAAGGAGAGACAUUCAUAUAUGCAAGCACCCCUCCUCACAUGCUUGUUGACCAGUGUUAGAGAAAAUUCAGUCCUGCUUGAAGAUUGCCCUGACCCAUCUGAAUUGCUGCUUCUGCUUCUUCCUCCUCCUCCUACCCCUAGGUAAAUAAAUUACAUUUGGAGCAGGCCAAAGUGAAGGCUGCAGCAAUGUCUGACUGCACACAGGAUUGUGCUGUAAUUCUGGAUCCAGCCUUAUGGCUACACCACCCAGUAGCCAGCGUGGUGACUUGCAGAGGCUGCCAGACUCUACCCAGCAGCAUAACCCCUGCCCAUUGGGCCUGCUGGCUGGAGCUGAUGGAAACUGGAGUCCAGCAACAUCUGGAGAGCAACACAUUUCCUGCCCCUGUUUCAACACCUCUUUUCAUGUCUUGCCUUCAUCUCACCGGCUUCUUGUAUCCUAACAGAAGGUAUUUUUGUUUUGGAAGUCUGUCCUGGCAUUUCAUUUAUUCUGCUUCUCUCAUGUAGGAUAAUCACUUUGCUUGUUGCUAUUGAAGCAUUUUCAAGAGUCUCUUAUUGCACAUUGCAGGUGAACAUACUGGAACCCAGAAGAUCCUGUAUCUUAUUUCUGGUCUCUCUGCAGCUUUUUUGUUGGGAAUUGUGAUUGUGGUGGCAAAAUGCCAGUGGAGAAAAAGGCAUCAAGGAGGUAGAACCAUCUCUAUUAAUCUUCUUCCCAUCUCACCUGGGAUUGGGGCUCCCUACCAAUAUGCCUCUACCUUUACUGUGUUUAUCAUGAGAAGCAGAAUUAGGUCAGUGUCAUGGAAUAAAUAUUGUUUCUCAUGUUACAUUCCACAGAAAUUGUCCGUAGGCUUCCAGAGAAGGGGCAAAAUUUUAUUGCACACCAGAACUCAGAAGAGAGGCUCUCACAACUUUUCAUGUAGUUGCCAAUAGUGUAACCAACUCUGAAAAUGAUCUUUUAUUUCUUCAUAAUCUCUUAAUUUUUACAGAGGGGAAUCUAAACUGAAAUCAAUGGAAAGUGUAAGGAGCCUUGUUAUGGCUACAAUAUAAUCAGUGACAUGAAAUGUUUGACAUGGAAGAAAUGUUUUUUUUGGACCAAAGCUCACAAUUCGAAAAAUAACUUAUACAAAACAAAGAAAAACUUUUAUCUAAAAUGUACAAUCUGUUAUUAGAUUGGGAAACAAAAGAUGAGCUUGUCAAAGCUUCUAUGACACAUGGAGCAAUAGAUAUAGGAUACAACAUAGAUUUUAAUCUUUGGAAAAAACUUUGGAAGAACGAUCUGAAGUUUUCAGCAUGUUAUUCUUUGAAGGAUAAUUAUUUGAAAAUGAUUUGCAGAUGGUAUUUAGCUCCAAGUAGACUUGCUAAGAUGUAUAAGACUGAAUCAGAUAAGUGAUUAUCUGCACUGGAGAUGCAAUGAGGUUGGGGGAACGUUCUUUCAUAUGUGGUGGACCUGUAAAAGGGUAAAAGAGUAUUGGGAAAUGAUCCAUAAUGAAUUGAAAAAAAUGUUCAAAAGUACCUUUCAAAAAAACCCCCACUGUCAGGGGUUCAGGGACAGAGGCACAGGGUAGGGAGGAGAUGGAGAGCGAUGGGGGUGAAUCCCAGGACAGUGAGGAAGAGGAUGACAAUGACUCAAGAGAUUCCAUGAGUCUUUCCAGCGAAUCAGAGGAUUCCCAGAAGGGGGCGCCAGUGGUCAAGGCCAGGGUAGCCCCAGGGGGACGUGUCAGGAACAGGGGCCAGCGGGGGAUCCCAAAGUGGCAGCUGGGCGUCAGGACCAGCCUCCCCACCAGAGUGCAGCGAAGGGGGUGGAGGUUCCAGUGUAUCAGGGGAAGCAGCUCCGGCAGCAGAGAAGGGAGGGAGGUCGGAGCAAGCCAUCCUCCCGGAAGGGGAGGGGAGUAGUGAAGGGAGUAGUGUAACUGUCAAAAGGAAAGUUAGAGGUUGGGCGCGUGCGCCAAGUUCAAAUGUAGAGGCGCGCGGAAGUACAGGGAGCCCGGAGGAGGGGCCAGGUCCCAAAGCCCGCAGGAGGGGGGAAGAGCAGUCGGGGGAUAGCGCGUCAGGGGAAUCCAGGAGGGGCGAAACCGCAGCGGGCAGAAAGACCCUGAGGAAAAGGAAAGAGAGAAAGAGGUGGAGCAGCGCAAGGCUCUUAAACUGGUGCAGGGGAGGGACUGACUCAGAGGGGACUUCAACGGUCUAAGCGUACAGACGUGAGGCUGCGCGCCUCGGAUAUGAAGCAAACAAUGAACUGCAAUAAACACUUUUGUAUGU